ACCACCAUGCACGGCUUGCGCCGGGCAGUCACAGGCAACGACACAUGGCGUAGAAUCGUUUGGACGUUGCUGGUGCUGUCCGGAAUGAGCUGGGCGAUUUAUUAGCAUGUUAACAUCACCCGCGAGUACUACUGGUAUCCCGUGUCCACGCUGGUCAGUAUGGAGUACAGUACGAAGCUGUUAUUUCCAGCUGUGACCAUCUGUAACCUCAAUCGCCUUCGUAUGUCUAAGUUGGAAGGUAAGCUCACGUUUCUAAAGGUCAGUCCUAGAUUUUAUUGUUUUGUUUUUGUUUUUUUUGGUGUUUUUUUGCGCUCUAUUUGUAAUAUUUGAAAUAAUCAUGAGCAGUAAUUCUGAAAAGAAAGAGGGAACAAGUAUUUUAAAAGCAGAUGUGGAUUGGAUUAAACGUUUGCAAUUUAAAGUUUAAGGCCUAUUAUUCAGUUUUUGUUUAUUAAAAUAGAUGCCAUUCGUGGUCAGAAUUUGCACUUUUCUUAAACUCUUGUGAGUUAAUUUAUUUUUAACGUUUUAAUUUUUAGACUCACGGAGUGUAACUUUUUUUAACGCAGUAGCCUACUUGUAUUUAUUAUUUAGUGUGUAUAGAAUAUUCCAUUGGAAACAUUUAGAAGCCACGGGAAGAGAUUGCAAACCCUUAAUGCCAAAGGUCAUUUUCGUUUUUUUCGUGUGUCUAAUUCACAGCGCCCCCUACAGGUCACACGACACAGAGAAUUAAUGACAAUGCUGAUAAGGGAAUAUUCUAGAGGGGAUAGAAUCGCGCGUGGACACGUCAUGGAAGACAUGUUUCUGGCAUGCACCUUUAACCUGGUCAGUUUGUCAAAAUUAACCAUCUAUAUAAUAUCAAAAUUUAUUUUUAUUGCUUCCGUAUUUGAUGUGUCUUAUAAAUUUGAAUCUAAUCUCUAUUUGCCCCCAUGUUAGCAUCAUGCCCUAGAAGUUUAGUUCUAUCGAUUCUAUUAUGUUGUUUCAUCCAAUAGGAGCCGUGUACUGUUGAUGAUUUUAUUGAGGAGAUGUACAUGAGGAGUGGAAACUGUUACACUUUUGGGGACACCGUAACAGACAAAAAGGAAAGGUAAUCCUGCCCUGCCUGGUGAGGGCGGAGGGAGGGAGUACAAUCAAACGUGACUAAGCGAUUACAUCCUUUCAAUCAAGGUUUAGAUAGUAGAGUUUAUUGGUAAAAUUAGUUACAACAAGGAAAUUGUGUGUAUGUGGGGGGGCGACUUUUUUUGGUUCUUUGCAUAUUUUCUGUAUACUUGCCGUCACACCAGCUUACGAUUGCCAAUGGUUUUUACUGUUGAAGAUAUACUAAUAAGGCGGGGCCUGCCAACGGCCUCAUUCUCGACCUUGACAUUGGACGAAGCGAAUACCUCCGUUCAUCCUCCGCCUAUGGUGUCAACAUUCUACUUCACAACGGCUCCGAGUACGCCUUCCCUUACGAUGGAGGAAUAGUCACCGGGCCUGGAUUUUCAACAAGUAUCGCUCUUAGAAAGGUCAGACCUUUUCAUUCAUCUUCAUGUCUUCAAAAUGUGUCAUCAAUAAUUGUCCACUGUUGUGAUCUUUCAUAAUGUUCAUUAUCUUCUUGAUUGUUUACAAAAAAAAGAAAUCUGCUUGCUCCUAUUUGAUUGUAUUGUUUAAUCUUUAACGUACUUUUUUGUGGUAAAUUUGUUUCUGAAAAGUAUUUUAAAAAAAUCUACUUCCUAUUGUUAAACACAAUAUAACAAUUUUUAGUGACUGAAGUUUGUGUUAAAGAAGUGUUAAGUUGGUAUGAUUUGAACCCUCCUGUGAUACUAACAAAUGUAAAUUCUUUACUUCCACGUUUAUAAUAUGUAAUGAUUAUGAAUGCUUAUAUUUGUAAACAGCAUCGAGUACUCUCGGUAACAUGGGUGACAUUUUCAGAGUCAGUGGCGUAGCUAGGGUUGGUGUCACCAGGUGCGAUAAACUCAUGGUGUCACACCCCAUCCCUCGACUUCCAGGGUGGAUUUCUGAGGGUCAGAAAGUUAAUGUUUUCAAGAACUGUACAUGUACUUAGAAUCGCCUGACCACAUCGUAUUUGGUAUUAAAGUUUCUUGUCACUUACGAAAGUUACCGACCGCUUCAAUCGGCGUUGAUUCAUGGUCAAAAUAGUGUUUUUAUGACCCACUUAUAGGGUCACCUCAUCUCUGACCGAUCAUCAACCUUGAACUUUUAAUAAAGCACGCAUUUGGAUUGGUUAUAAGUGUGUUAAAAUGUACGUGUCAUUCAUUGGUUAUCGGUUUAUUAAAUUCGGUUUGCGCGAGCAGCGUGUGCUCUGUAAAUAUUCAGUUUUUCAAUUUGAUGCCCCCCCCCCCUGAAAUUGUGUCACCCGGUGAGGUCGGCACCUCUCUAGAUACGCCACUGUUCAGAGUAUAAUGUUCACAAUUCCGGUGAUUCUGGGUUGUUGUUUUUUUAGUUAAGAAAAGAAGAAAAUUCAAAAUAUGAAUGUAGUGCGAUUCUCCUUUUGGUGUCUCGAUUGUUUGUCUGCUAAUGCUUAACUCUCCACAUAACCAAAAAAUUAGUAAGAAAUGAUGCGUGGAGAGAUAGUAUCAUCUUUAGCAUUUUGUGAAUAAAUCAACAUGGGUUUUUGUGUCUCCAGGUGGAGAGUUAUCUCUUACCAGCGCCGUACGGAAUGUGCGUGGAGAGCGACAGUGUCAGCCAAAGAAUCAAUCUCUUCUCACAGUUGGGCUACUCUUACACCGACCUCGCCUGUAAACGCUCCUGCCACCAGGUGAAGCUCUUGAACGAGUGUAGAUGCUACGAGGAGGACGUCCCCGGCGGUAUCGAUGCCAUGAAGAUCCUGGCCGGGAUCGAUAAAGACGACAUGAACUUUUCUUUCUGCGACUCCAACUACCUCGAGUGUCUGGACCGUGAGAAUUGUCUCUAUGAAAGGGAAGCUUUAGGGUGCACGGAGUUGUGUCCCCCGGCAUGUAGCAAGGUCAGCUUUUUGCGAUCCGCCUCCCAGGCUGAGUGGCCAGUGGACGAAUAUUAUGAUCACGUCAUCAGGAAGGUCGACUCGUCCUACAAGGCGAGAAAUAAAACGUACGCAUUCAUUGGUGCUCCACAGGAUCACGUGCGUAAAAUUUUUUUGAGGUUGGAGAUCUACUACGAGUCAAUAAAUUCAAUCUUGUUUUGUUAA